AUGGGAAUUUUUGGCAGAAAGAAAUCUCACAAGAGAAGUGUUUCCAAUAGCUUCCAAGAUGCUCGGAAGAGUGUCGUUAUCUCCAAAAUGGAUCAAGAUAAAUUGAAAGUCAGAACCAUUGGUGUCCAUGAUCCAAUCUUGAACGCCAUCAAUGAGCAACAGCCUUUCCAGGAAGCGACAAUGCAAAUGGAUGCUUCAAAAUUGAAUUCAUUGUCAAUGAUGGCAUCCAAGAAGCCAUUCAAUGAUGCGUUUGGCAACCCAAUUGUCAGAGGAGACAUGUCCAACCCAACGAGACCUAGGGAUGAACGUCCAAUGGAUACUAUUAGAUCCUUUGAAUAUGCCAUUUCUGGAGAUCCUUUCUACAAAAGUAAUUUAGAGACUCCUCUUUAUGGCUGGAACGUCAGGCCAACGUACCUGUCGCAACCUGGAAAUCUAAGAAGUGGAGACAUGAUGCCAAACUACCAGACCAAUCCUUACGAUAAUUAUGCAAAUCAGAAUCACUCUACAAUUCCAAGAACUUUUGAGCAGCCAGUCUAUCAACCAAAGAAGAAGGAGCCAGAGCAAAAGAAAAAGAAGAGAGGUCUUUUUGGCAAAAGUAAGAAAAACAAGGCUUGA